AUGGCAGCAACCAAUGUGGUGGUGGUUGGUGGCGGUAUUGUCGGUGCAUCCAUCGCGCAUUAUUUGGCUAAGCUGGGAGCAAAGCCCUUGAUCAUUGAGCAGUGUGGAGUGGCGUGCCACAGCUCAGGGAAGGGUGCUGGCUUCCUAGCCCUGAAUUGGAACGAUCGAUCGCCAGUGGGUGCCUUGGCACGUCGAUCCUUCCAGCUACACCAGGAGCUGGCUGAUGAAUUUGGGGCGGAACAGAUUGGCUACCGGAGGUUGAACUGCAUUUCUUGCAGCGCUGGAAACACCCCACUUCGAGGCCCUGAAUCGAGGGCUUGGCUGGACCGAACAACCGGAGACUUCCAACCGAUGGGCAGCACCGAAACGUUGGCACAAGUGCAGCCGCGGAAACUCACCGAAGCACUUGUGGACUCUGCUACUGGCAACGGCGCCACUCUUUUGAUUGACAAGGUGAUUGGCAUGAAGACCACGGCAGCGACUGGAGGAGUGCAAGUGUGUGAAGUCCUUACAGAGAAAACUGGGCCAAUUUGCUGCGAUGCAGCGGUCAUCGCAAUGGGUCCUUGGUCCCAGGCGGCAAGUGGAUGGUUCCCUUCCGCCGGUCUGCCCGAGCGGACAGCCUUGCACAAGUAUACCUCAGUGACUUUCGAUGCCGUCCUGGACGACACUGCAGUGUUCUUGACGUCCUCGAACGACGUGCAGAUCUAUCCCCGAGAAGACGAAACCUACGCCUGCGGCUUUCCGCGCAUGGAAGAUCUGCCAGCUUCUCCCCUGGACAUAACGCCCUGUGACACCAUUGCCACACGGCUGAAGCAGGAGGCGACGUCCUGCAGUUCGCUCUUGGAGAGCAGUGCUACCAAGACGACUGCGGCUUGUUAUUUGCCUGGUGGAUCAGCCGAUGGCUUGCCUGUCAUUGGGCAGAUCCCAGGGGUCAGCAAUGCCUUCAUGGCGUGUGCGCACACGUGCUGGGGCAUUCUAAAUGCACCUGCCACUGGCGAGGCCAUCGCUCAGAUGGCCAUGGCAAGUGGCUCCGUCAACCUGAAAGCGUUUGCUGUUGGCCGGUCCUCUGCGUUGUCACGCUUCCGCUUCUAA